AUGGUGAGGUCGAUGACUUUUCAUCUAGCUGAAAAGCUUAAAAUAAAGCAUAAGGUUAACGCUGACAAACGAAUGGCAGGUUACCGUUGGUUCGAGUCGUUUCUUAGGCGAAAUCCGGAACUGUCGAUAAGGAAAGCAGAAAUAGUUUCAUCCGCUCGCGCCACAUCCAUGAAUAAAAAGGACGUUGAUCAGUACUUAACCUUAUUACUCGACAUAUUGGUUCAACAUAACCUGCUUAAUAAAGCAAGUCAUAUAUUCAACGUCGAUGAGACUGGACUACAACUGAAUAACAAGCCAGACCAGGUAGUAGCAAUUAAGGGCUCAAAGAACGUUGUAUCCAUAACGUCGGCUGAGAAAGGAGAAACCAUUUCUAUUGUUGCUUGCUGCAGUGCAGAAGGCUCCUUCAUUCCUCCGACAUGUAUUUUUAAGGGGGAAAAUAAAAAACAGGAAUAUGAAGAAGGUAUGCCAAGUGGUGCAACAGUAUUCAUGUGCCAAAAGUCUGCGUACAUUAAUAAUGAGCUUUUUUUGAAAUGGCUCAAAGAGCAAUUUGUCCCUCGAAAACCACCAGGAGAAGUUUUGCAGCAAAUUUAUGGACACACCUCACAUUGUAACAACAUUGAACUAGCAAAUGCUGGUAAGCAGCUGAAUAGACUUCAGUUCGCUCAUUUACUAAAUUCCGCCUGGCAACGUGCGGCCACUAUCCAGAACGCUCAGUCUUCCUUUCGGGCUACUGGAAUAGUACCAUUCAACCCGUCUGAAAUUCCGGAAUAUGCAUUUUUGGUUGACGAAAACCAACACGUUGAGCAAAACAUAGCGCCAAUUGUUGCAGAAGAUGGAGUUUUUAAAGUAGCAAACAAUGAAACUUUAUCAAGAGCUUUUAGUCCACCGAUUAUUAAUGAUGCAACAGAAGACACUGGUUCGAGGACUGACCCUACCGAUUUACUAAAGGAUUUGGCGCGACCGGGAUGUUCAGGUUAUAUAGCCUCUGAGAAGGAGAAGCGGUCAUCGAAAGAAACGGUUGCAAGUGAGAAGGAUACUGCUCCUGAAGAAGACGAAACACCGGAAAAGAAGAACACGAGGAAGAGAUCAGCCUCGUCAUUAUCUUCUAAAGAUGAAGAGCUCAUUUAUAAUGACAGCUUUGAUGUUUCCGACGAAACCGAUCAAUGUGUUGGUUGUGGUGAACACUGUAACCAGACCAGAAAAAAAGAUGAUUGGAUAGAAUGUUCGAGUUGUCCAAGAUGGUUGCGUGACACCUGCUCAAAAUAUAACAGCGAAAGGAAUCGUAGUACCGGCAAGAAAACUAGGAAAAGUGAUUCAGAAAUGAGAAAAAGUUUAAUUCAAACUGGAGGUGGACCACCAGUGAAAAGUGAAGAUAAUCCAAUAAAUGAACGAGUUCGGUCAGUUGUCCCUAGAAUUAGUUAUGUAAUUGAAAAUGAGUGGGACAGCAAUUCUGUGAUCCUUUCCGAGAGACAACCGAAUGUGAAUAACACAUCUGAAAAUUUUAUAACUCCACAGAAGAAAAGAAAAAGACCAUCAGUAUGUGGGACCUAUUCAACAAGAACAUCACUAAUUGAACAGGAAGCUCUUCUAAGAAUACAGAAAUUGAAAAGAUCCAUGGAGCACGAUGAAGAACUAAAUUUGAUUAAAAAACAGGCAGCCGAGGCAGAAAAAUUAUAUUGGGAAACAAAAUUAAAAAAAUUGAAUCAAUAA